GUCGUGUUUUUUCUUGUGGCUAUCAUUAAUUUGAAGCGUAGAUAUUUAAACAAAGCGCAGGCAGAAACUAGCAUAUGCCACUUCGAUUCUCUCUCACUGUCGUGGGUAGUGCCAUGGCAUUAACAGCCUUUUCUUCGAUCAACACGACUCAUCAUAGCACUUUCAUCUUUCCUCUGAAACAACAUCAUCAGAACCGUAGAAUUCACAGGUUGCGAUGCAGUGGAACUAACCCCAAUGAAGAGUCACAGCAACCACAGAACAAUGCCCUUCUCAAACUUGCAUGGUAUAGUUCUGAGCUUCUUGGCAUUGCAGCCUCUGUUUUCCGUUCACCUACUACUGAGGAACCUCCUCCUCAGCGGCUUCUUCAGACCAUUCAUCGUGCUGCAAUUGUGGACACCAUCAAAGAAGACUUCCAAAGAUCCUAUUUUGUCACAGGAGAUCUGACACUAAAUGCUUAUGAAGAGGAUUGUGAAUUUGCCGAUCCAGCAGGGUCAUUUAAAGGGCUCCAGCGUUUCAAAAGGAACUGCACUAAUUUUGGAUCUCUUCUAGAGAUGUCAAACAUGAAGCUUAUGAAGUGGGAAGAUUUUGAAGAUAAGGGAAUUGGCCACUGGCGAUUCAGCUGUAUAUUGUCCUUUCCUUGGAGGCCUAUUCUUUCUGGUACGUAUCGAACUUUAUCUGCGUACACUAUCAUAAUAAUUCUACUAAAUGCAAUGAAAUUUGACAUGUUGAUAUAUGCUGCAGCAACUGGAUACACAGAAUACUAUUUUGAUGCCCAAUCUGGAAAAGUAUGCAGGCAUGUGGAGCAUUGGAAUGUUCCCAAAAAGGCAUUGUUCAAGCAAAUUCUAAAGCCUAGCCGUGGAUUUGGCUUAAAAGAUUAUGUGAAUAGGUGGUUGAAAAUCGUUCAGAUGAAGCUUUAAAUUACAAUAGUUCUGCAUAUUACUGUGAAAUAUUAGGUUCUUUAUGUAACCGGAUGAAGGUCAAAUACAUAGAAGAAUUAAGGAUCAACUUGGAUACUCCUUGUAUAUUUUUUAACCAAAAAGGAUAAACAAAUAGAAGAGAUGUAACUUAUAACAUUUUUCCUUUUAUAUUUUUGUCCAUACAUAAUAAUACAGUGAAUACCGUAUGUAUUUUUA